AUGGUUAUGAAAAGGAAGCGAUCUAUUUCGGAGUUCUCUAGCUCCCCUACGAGGCCCUCGAGCUCCUGCUUCACCUCUCCUUCUGGCAGCAUCAACUUCACCUUCAGCCACGCCGGUCCCUCGUCGCCCUCUCCCAUGCCUACAAUGGAUACAACUCCUUUACAUCUCCACAGCCGCACUCUCAAGCGGUUCCGCGACAGCCGGCCAUCGGAGCAACAAGUUCAUCAACGUACCCUCGGCCUUUUAUACUCGGCGCAGCGCCAACAACAGCUUCCCUUUGCGCAGAACCCACCCUCCGCCGUCUUCCCCGACGCUCACGCCGCCCCCAUUCCCCAAGAAGCCGAUCACGCCGUUGUGCAUGCGAGUAGUAAUGGCACGCAGCGAUCCCUCCACAACUUUUGGGCUCUCCCCUCAGCCCCCGCGCCCUCUGUCGCGAGCCCCUCUCGACCACAACCUUGGCAUCGUCAGCGGCGUGCGACGACUGCGGUGUCGACCUCCCCGUUUCCGACGACAUGGCCGAAGGGUCUGCUCUCACUGCUCCGUCACAAAUCUCGAGGGUCAGAGGACGUGUUUACACUGUUCCGGGAGGAAGACCUGGAACGGUAA